UAGCUAGUUGUUGCUCGUCUGAGGCUCGAACGGUGAUUGAGAAUAAUGGCGACGCGUACACUCUGACUUGAUCCCAUGGAGCAGGCUGGAGCAAAAAAAGGAGAACCCGUUGGAUGUUUUUUGUGCACUUUUAAAAGUAACGAUACGGAUAGACAGCCACGAAGAGGAGAACAUUCGCUCUCAGUAACGAGGAGCCAGGAGAAAUUGUACUGUUAGCAUUGCUAUUUGUAGCAUUGUGUUCGCUAGCUUGCUAAGUUGAAGAGGUGGCUUUAAUGUGUGUGAACUGAAGGGGAGGUGAAAACUGAGUAGUUGUUUGCAAACUGAAGAUAUGCUCGCUGAAUAGUGUUUUCGGACGGUUAAGAUUUUCCUUCUCGAUGAUAGCACACAGCAAGUAUUGAUUUGUAGAUAACGUUAGCUUGUAGUUUUUGUAAAGGAUCCACCAGCACCCUCCUUGGGUUAGCCAGCAGGUUAGCUUUUGUGGAUCUUUUUUUUCUCUCCGGCUUCUUUCCUGUCUGGACUUGCUUUCCCCUUCACUGGGAAACUGUCUGCCUACCCAGUGCUCUUAACAGCCUGCUAGCUCGCUAACGUGAGAGAAUUGUUGUGCUGUCUUUGCGAGCUCUUUUCGUAAAUGACCACCGGCAGGAACAACCGGGCGAUGAUGGAAGGAGUCGGAGCCAGAGUGGUCCGCGGACCCGACUGGAAGUGGGGGAAACAGGAUGGUGGAGAGGGGCAUGUCGGCACCGUCAGGAGUUUCGAAAGUCCAGAAGAAGUGGUCGUUGUUUGGGAUAACGGGACUGCUGCCAACUACCGCUGCUCUGGAGCUUACGACAUAAGAAUUUUAGACAGUGCUCCAACAGGUAUCAAGCAUGAUGGAACCAUGUGUGACACCUGUCGUCAACAGCCAAUCAUUGGUAUUCGCUGGAAAUGCGCAGAGUGCACCAAUUAUGACCUCUGCACAACCUGUUACCAUGGAGACAAGCAUCACCUGAGACACCGAUUCUACAGGAUCACCACCCCAGGCAGCGAGAGAGUACUUCUGGAGUCGCGUCGCAAGUCAAAGAAAAUCACAGCCAGAGGGAUUUUUGCUGGUGGCCGAGUUGUUAGAGGAGUGGACUGGCAAUGGGAAGACCAAGAUGGAGGCAAUGCGAGGAGAGGAAAGGUGACUGAGAUCCAGGACUGGAGUGCCGCCAGCCCUCACAGCGCCGCCUAUGUGAUCUGGGACAACGGGGCCAAGAACCUGUACAGAGUCGGCUUCGAAGGAAUGUCGGACUUGAAAUGUGUCCAGGAUGCCAAAGGAGGCUCGUUUUACAGAGACCAUUGUCCUGUUUUAGGUGAGCAGAAUGGAAACAGAAAUCCGGGUGGUCUUCAGAUCGGAGACCUGGUCAACAUUGAUUUGGAUUUAGAGAUUGUUCAGUCCCUCCAGCAUGGCCACGGGGGAUGGACCGAUGGCAUGUUUGAGACGCUCACAACCACAGGCACCGUGUGUGGCAUCGAUGAGGACCAUGAUAUUGUGGUUCAGUACCCCAGUGGGAACAGAUGGACAUUUAACCCAGCAGUGCUAACCAAGGCCAACGUAGUGCGCAGUGGUGAAGUUACAGCCGGAGCAGAAGGAGGAAACUCCCAGUUCCAUGUGGGAGACCUGGUCCAGAUCUGCUACGACAUCGACCGUAUCAAGCUGCUCCAAAGAGGCCAUGGCGAGUGGGCUGAAGCCAUGCUGCCGACCCUGGGCAAGGUGGGCCGUGUGCAGCAGAUCUACUCUGACAGUGACCUGAAGGUCGAGGUUUGUGGGACUUCCUGGACGUACAAUCCUGCGGCUGUCACCAAGAUCGCCCCCUCCGGCUCUGCUGUCAGCAAUGCCUCUGGAGAGCGUUUGUCUCAGUUGUUGAAGAAACUAUUCGAGACGCAAGAGUCCGGGGACAUAAAUGAGGAGCUGGUCAAGGCUGCAGCUAAUGGAGACCUGGCUAAAGUGGAGGACAUUUUGAAGAGACCUGAUGUGGAUGUGAAUGGACAGUGUGCGGGACACACUGCUAUGCAGGCGGCCAGUCAGAACGGCCACGUGGAUGUCUUAAAACUGCUGCUGAAACACAAUGUAGACCUAGAGGCCGAGGAUAAAGACGGAGACAGGGCGGUGCACCAUGCAGCGUUUGGCGAUGAAGGCUCCGUCAUCGAGGUGCUUCACAGGGGUGGGGCUGACCUGAACGCCAGGAACAAGCGAAGGCAGACCCCGUUACACAUAGCAGUCAACAAGGGCCAUCUACAGGUGGUUAAAACCUUGCUGGAUUUUGGUUGCCAUCCUAGUCUUCAGGAUUCGGAAGGUGACACACCUCUGCACGAUGCAAUUAGCAAGAAAAGAGAUGACAUGUUGUCAGUGCUGCUGGAGGCCGGCGCAGAUGUCACCAUCACUAACAACAACGGGUUCAAUGCCUUACAUCACGCUGCCCUGCGAGGAAACCCCAGUGCCAUGCGUGUGCUGCUGUCCAAACUGCCGAGGCCGUGGAUCGUCGAUGAGAAGAAGGACGACGGUUACACCGCGCUGCAUCUGGCUGCUCUCAACAACCACGUCGAGGUGGCUGAGCUUCUGGUGCACCAGGGCAACGCCAGCUUAGACAUUCAGAAUGUUAACCAGCAGACGGCAUUACACCUUGCAGUGGAGCGCCAGCACACUCAGAUAGUUCGGCUGCUGGUGCGGGCAGAGGCUAAGCUUGACGUGCAGGACAAGGAUGGGGACACGCCGCUUCACGAGGCGCUACGUCACCACACACUGUCCCAGUUGCGGCAACUCCAGGAUAUGCAGGAUGUCAGCAAAGUGGAGCCCUGGGAACCCUCCAAGAACACAUUAAUCAUGGGCUUGGGCACCCAGGGAGCAGAGAAGAAGAGCGCAGCAUCCAUCGCCUGUUUCCUGGCAGCAAACGGUGCAGACCUGACCAUUCGCAACAAAAAGGGCCAGUCCCCUCUGGACCUCUGUCCGGACCCCAGUCUCUGUAAGGCCUUGGCCAAAUGUCACAAAGAGAAGAGUAGCGGUCAGGUGGACACCCGUAGCCCGUCUCUGAACAGCAACAUCGAGUCUCUGGAAGAGUGCAUGGUUUGCUCGGACAUGAAGAGAGACACUCUGUUUGGGCCCUGUGGACACAUCGCAACUUGCUCGCUCUGCUCGCCGCGUGUCAAGAAGUGUCUCAUCUGUAAGGAGCAGGUUCAGUCCAGAACAAAGAUUGAGGAGUGCGUAGUUUGCUCUGACAAAAAGGCCGCUGUGUUGUUCCAGCCCUGUGGUCACAUGUGCGCUUGUGAGAACUGUGCCAGCCUCAUGAAGAAGUGCGUACAGUGCCGGGCUGUGGUGGAACGCCGCACCCCCUACGUUCUCUGCUGCGGAGGGAAAGGUAUGGAGGAUGAUGCCGCUGAUCAUGAUGAUGAUGAUGAUGAUGAUGAUGACCUUACAGGGAGCUCUAACACUAUGGCAGGGGGAUCCCAGGAUCUUCUCCAGCCCAACAAUCUGGCAUUAAGUUGGUCGAGUGGAAACAUCCCAGCCUUGCAGAGGGAUAAAGAUAACACAAACGUAAACGCUGAUGUGCAGAAGCUACAGCAACAGCUUCAUGACAUUAAGGAACAGACGAUGUGUCCGGUGUGUCUGGACCGGCUGAAGAACAUGAUCUUCUUGUGCGGCCACGGCACCUGCCAACUUUGCGGAGACCGAAUGAGCGAGUGCCCAAUCUGCCGCAAAGCCAUCGAGCGCCGGGUCCUCCUCUACUAGAUCUCCUCUUCCUCCUUUUUAACGAUGACAGCUCCCACAAACGGCACAUCCACACCAGCUGCUGCCAAGUCAGCCAGCCACGUCUUAACUCUCCUCUACAAAUGCUGUUUGUUGAUUUGACUGUGUUUCAGAUGGAACUUCUGUUACAAAGAUAAAACAUAUAAACUGAUCAGUCUGGCUGUUAUUGUCUUUGUAUGUCUUUAGUGCAGCCGGACAGACGCUUAUCCUGCAGGAAUCAUAUUCUUCUUCCACAGUCUUCUCCUCCAUGUAGUCUUCUGUGUUUUUUUUGUUUGUUUUUUUAUGUUCAAGUGACUGAAGUCCAGGUUCAGCUGUAUCCUCCUCUGCAUUUUUCCAAAGACCAACUUAGGCUAAGUUCAGAGCCGUUGACAAGAGGAGAUUUGUCUUUUUGCUUUUUGACGUAAAGUUCUCAUGCAUGUGUCACAGUCUGUGACAGCUGCCGUCAAGUUUGACUGUAUUUUUUCAAUCUUUAUGCAAAUGUAUUGUUAUCAGAAGCUCCAGAUUUGGACUUAAUUUUUUCAUGACAGUAUGAAAAGUUCGAGACAAGUUGUUCUGUCGGUCUUUCAGCUGGAUUUGAUGCUUUAUACCCUGACUGUUCUCCUAGCAGGAGACCAAAUGGUUGGCAGUUUUGCACUAGAAAAUCUGAAAAGAACCUAUAUGUCCUCAGUGACAGAACAGAACGUGGACAUUUUAAUCUGACCGCCUGCAGGUAGCACACUACACCCUGACCUUUGUUUACCAAGCUGUAACAACGACAGUGUUGCAACACACUUUCGAGUUUUGCUUUAUGGACUUUAUGGACACACCAACCUAUUCAGCUUUCUGUCCUGUGAGCAGCCUGUGUUGUAACCAUUUUGCACACAAAUGUGACGCAAACAUAUCUGGAGAACAAGCACCCUGACGUAACUCUGUGUUAAACUGUAGAAAUUCUAGCGAGCACUGCUGUUUUAGCAUUCGACGAGUCUGUGCCAUCUGCUUCCAGACGUCUUCAUCAUGAUACAAGUGCAUCUCAAUAAAAAAGAAUAUCUUUGGCAAGUGAAUUCAUAACAAUAAUUACAUAAAAAAAGUGAAACUUGAAUGAUGUCAUUUAUUACACAGAGUGAUACAUUUUUAAGUGUUAAUUGUAGUAAUUAUAACUACAACCAAUUUGAAACCCAAAAUUCAGUGUUUUGCAAAAUUACAUAAGACCAUGUACAUAAGAUGGCAAAAGAAGAUCUCUCAUCUUCUUUUUGACAGUACUCCAUAGAUUAUCAAUGGGGUUUCUGCUUCAUCAGCGCUGACCUUUUGUGUGGCUUUAUCUGCUGAGCAAAUGUCAGGUCAGCAGUCUUCUCCAAAACUGUGUAGGCCUUGAGGGGGAAUUUCUGUUUUAAAACUCUUUCUUUCAUCGGCCUCUUUUAAUGUUUAAAUUUCCACAAAAUCUGAUUGGUGAGUUUUCAUCACCUAUAAAGCCAUAUGAAUGAAAACGGACAGAAAUAACACUCAUCCCAGUUACUUAUUUAACAUUUUUCUGCAAGAGUUUUUCCUUCCACUCAGCAUCCCAUUAAUGUGCUUGCAUGCAGCACUAACCGGCAGGUUUCUGAUUUUCACUGUUGAAGGAUCUCACUGCUGGCUUUAACCUGACUGUUGGCCACAACGUUUCAUUAGUUGCAUUCAAAUCACUUGAAAAUCUUUUGAUUUUCAUUAACUGCAAGCCAUAGUCAUCAAAAUUAAUGGAAAUUAAGACAUCAAAAAUAUCACACUGAGUGCAAUGGAUAUAGAAAAAAAAGUUUAAUUACUGAAAGUAGAUCAAUUUCUCAUAGAUAUUCUAAUUUACUGAGAUGCACCUGCAUGUAUGAGAAUUAGGUUCUCGAUCUAAAAUACAUUAAUAAAAAGGUUUAUUUAAACGUUUUCCCUUCAGAGUCGACAUUUAUUAAGCAUAGAGAGAACAAUCUAUAAGAAAGUGUAGAAUAAUUUAUUUUGUAUUUGUGCCCUAACAUUAGGAUUUGUAGGCGUCACUGCCUUCUGACUAUGUAGCCUCAAAGUCUCAGACAUUCUGCUUUGAUAUUCAUGUUGAAAUAUGUGAUGUACUUUUGUUGACAAUAGUUUUGUAGCAGUUGACAGUAUAAGUGUUUUCUUUUUUUUGUUUUUUCCUGAAGUAGGUCUAUGUAAGCUCAUCUACGUCAUGGGAAAAUAAAAUGCAUUUGUGUUAAAGGUGUGAAGCGACUUUUCCACUGUUUUAGUCUGGAGUCAGAACUCGGCUCACUGGCUUCCUCUGAAAUGCUUCGAAAUUUGCAACCUCAAACAAGCUUUUUGGCUUGUUAGGACUCAAAGUAAAUAAACAUUAAUUUUUUUUUUCCUUUUUUCCUUGGCUAUGAUGAAACUUUAAGCUAGGAGCACUAAUAUGCUUUAUUGUAGUAUUGUCAUAUUAUGGUUGUUAUAAAAACAUUUUCAAAUUUAUUUUUGAGUUGUCCUGUUGGUCAUGUAUGAUCUUUGGCAUGAAUGUUUGACAUAUGCAGUACGACUUGUACCACUGGAAAAAACAUUCAGUUUUCAUUGCGAUUAAGUGCUUUUAAAACAACCAUACUGCAGAAAUAAAGUCCUAAAUGAACCAC